AUGGCCGUAAUUACUGCCAUAGCCUUGUUGGCUCUUUCCCAGAGCAUCUCAGCUUCUGCCAUCCACACCUCCCAACACACCCACGGAUACUGCAAACAAUUGGAUAUUCCAGUGGCUGCUACGUCAGACAGCGCGAUCUAUGACCAUCCAAGGAUCGACAGUAACAUCGAAGCGAGAGCCUGGGCAAUAUACGCUGAUACUUGGGACACUCCCGUUGGUGUACAAACAGUCACCAAGAACACCACGACUUCUGGCACUUUCAACAUCCACGCCCAACUUUGCGUCCCCAAAAUCUCUGGAAUGAAAGAGGGCAUCCUGCAGAUUGCUACCCACGGCGCGCAUUACGACGGAAGAUAUUGGGAUCCUGAACUCGAUCGGGAGAACCAGUCCUAUGUCGAAGCAUCGCUCAAAGCAGGAUACUCCAUCCUCACAUAUGACCGCUUAGGGGCUGGUCAAUCGGACCACCCUGACGCGUACAACGUGGUGCAAGCGCCGCUUGAACUCGAGAUCCUUCGACAAUUGACCUUGAUGGCACGCAAUGGCACCUUGUACAGCUUCGCAGGAAAAGCACAACCUGCCGAUGAUCCAGCAUUCAACGCACUGGCAAGACCAAACAAAGUUGUCCACGUCGGCCACAGUUUCGGAUCCUUCCUGACCUCUGCACUGAUCGCGAAAUAUCCCACUCUGACCGACGGAGCCAUCAUCACGGGCUACUUUUACGGCAAGUAUCUGGGCGCGCCGGGGAUGGCGUCGUGGGGCGUUGACUUUGCCGCCACGAGCUCUCCCGCCUUCAAUCGAUCAAGUGGGUAUGUUGUGUGUCAGAAGACUGGCAUCCAGAAUCUGUUCUUCGGUGGCAACCCGGACACCGCCUUCACCCCGGAGAUGCUUGAUUACGGCGACUCCCUCAAGCAGCCAGUUCCUAUCGGCGAGCUGGCCUCGGCCUUUCAUAUCAUUGGCCUUAAGGGGCCUGGCCUCAAGGCGCCGGUCCAAUUUAUGUUGGCCGAGUUCGACUUUUAUAUCUGCGACGGUGAUUGUAAGGGGGCGUACGAGUUACAGGAUCUGAAGGAUACCUACCCUAACGCCGCAGUUGUCGAGGACUAUAUCCAGCCGAACACUGGCCAUGCUUUUCCACUCCACAACAAUGCCACUGCUGGCUACCAGGUCACAUUCGACUUCUUGGAGAGGAAUGGGCUGUGA